AUGUCCACCGCUGCUCGCCGCCGCUUGAUGCGGGAUUUCAAGCGUAUGCAAACAGACCCCCCGGCUGGUGUCUCCGCCUCUCCUAUCGCAGAUAAUGUCAUGACUUGGAAUGCCGUCAUUAUCGGUCCGGCGGACACUCCCUUUGAAGAUGGCACAUUCCGCCUCGUCAUGCACUUUGAAGAACAAUACCCAAACAAGCCCCCUGGUGUGAAAUUCGUCAGCCAGAUGUUCCAUCCAAACGUUUACGGCACCGGGGAGCUGUGUUUGGAUAUAUUGCAGAACCGCUGGAGUCCAACAUAUGACGUUGCUGCUAUCUUAACAAGUAUCCAAAGUUUACUUAACGACCCCAAUACAUCGUCACCAGCCAAUGUGGAAGCGUCUAAUCUCUACAAGGACAACCGCCGCGAAUAUACGAAACGAGUACGGGAAACAGUAGAGAAGAGCUGGGAAGAUUAA